AUGAGGCCCUGUACCCUGCUGCUACUGGCCGCCGCCCUGCUCCUGGCAACUGGGGGAUUGGGCAAUGCCGCCGCGGCCGGCCAAGCAGCCUCCGCUGCCCAGCGGCACCUCGCCCAGGCUGACACUCUGGAGGGUGGCGCAGACCCUGAGCCGCCCUGCGUGCCGGGGGACGACGACGGCUGCCCCGGCGGCGAGACCAGCAGCAGCGAGGGGCCUGGCGGCGAGUGGGACACCAGCUGGUGCUGGGACGGCGAGGGCAACGAGGCGGCUGACGAGACGGGCGCCUGGGUGUGCGCGGGCUGCCUCGACGAUGCCCUCCAGCCUCUGCUGGAUGCCGCCGGGGCCUGGGUGUGCGCGCCGCAGGCGGGGGGCCCGCUCAUUCUGCCGCCGCAGUCCAACUGCCGCGACUGGGAGGGGCGCUACACCUGCGGCAUCUGCUACCGCCUGGACGGCUCCCCAGCGACCCUCAAGGCCAGCGGGCGCCUCGUCUGCCCGCACUGCUUUAUGACCAAGGGCGGGCAGGUGGCGGAGGCCGUGGACCCCGCCACUGGGGAGGCCGUGUGCGCCUGCGCCAGGGAUCCAGACUCAGAUGCCUGCCGCCACCUGUUCAUGGGCCCCUGCCUCGCCGACGAGGCCUCCGAGGCCUGCCAGCAGUGGUGGGCCGACGGCGGCAACGCGGGCCUGGCCGGCGGCGGCGACACGCCCUGCUUCGAUGACGAUGGCAGCCCUGCCGUCGACUCGCUCACCGGCCAGCCGCUGUGCGGCUGGUGUUUCGAUGCCGACCUGAAGGAGCUACUGGAUGAGCGCACCGGAGCGUCCGCCUGCGCCUGCGUCCGGGAUCCGGAUUCGGCGAGCUGCAGCAUGCUCAUGGACGGGCCCUGCGCCACCCUCCCAGAGUCCCAGGAGUGCGCCGAGUGGCGGGCGCAGAACUUCUACGGCGGCGGCGGCGGCGGCGGCGGGUAUCCCAGCCCCUGCGCCGACAGCCCGGAAGGCGCCGACUGCGCGCCCACCGAUGGCGGUGGCUCCCAGCCCUGCGAGGAUGACCCUGCUGGGGAGGGCCGCCCCAAGCCGGAGCCCGUCCCCGGCACCCUGCCCUGCCCCGCUGGCAUGACAGAAGAGGAGUGCAGCAAGUCGAGCAGCGGCUGCGGGCCCAACGGAGAGUGGUGCCAAAGCAGCGGCGGCGGUGUUGGCGGCGGCGGCGGCGGCGGCGGCGGCGGCGGCGGCGGCGGCGGCAGCGGUCCCAUCUACCAGGAGCGCACCGACACUGACAAGCCGGCAAUCAUGCCGGGAGCAAAUGGCAACACUGGGGUCCCAGUCAAGGGGGCAGGCUCCGCGGGCUGCCUGUGCCCGACCACUUCCGAGCCAGUCUGCGGCAAGGAUGGCAAGGUGUAUUCCAACCUGUGCAAGGCCCAGUGCGCCAAGGCGGCUCCCAUCAAGUGCAAGUGCGGCGCCGCCGCCUGUGACGUGGCCUGCAAGGCGGCCUGCAAGGUGCCCGGGGCCCGUCCGCCCAAGUGCGUGUGCAGCGCCGCGGUCGCCCCCGUGUGCGGCCGGGACGGCAAGCGCUACGGCAACGCCUGCCAGGCCAAGUGCGCCCAAACGAGCGCCAAGUGUGCGUGCGGCAGCAAGGCGUGCGCGGCGGAUGCGGGCUGCGCCAAGGCCUGCAAGGGGACCAGCGGCGUGAGGCCUCCCGUCACGCUGCCCUGCGUCUGCCCCGAGCUGUGGGCCCCGGUCUGUGGCAAGGACGGCAAGAAGUACCCCAGUGCGUGCGAUGCCAAGUGCGCCAAGACAAGCUCCAAGUGCGCCUGCGGCGAGUGCAGCGAUGCCGGCUGCAAGGCGGCCUGCAAGGGGCCGGUGGCCAAGCCGCCCACGAAGCCGCCAGCAUGCAGCAUGUGCAGCAAGGCGCGCAAGCCGAUGUGCGGCAAGAACGGCAAGGUUUACCUGAACGCGUGCCUGGCCCGGUGCGCCGGCACCACAAACAAGUUCCUGUGCGGCAAGCGCCCUGAUGCCACUUGCAAGAAGCAGUGCGCGGCACCCGGCGGCGGCUGCUACUGCCCCGCCCUCUUCGCCCCAGUCUGCGGCAAAGACGGCAAGGUGUACCCCAAUGCUUGCUCCGCGGGCUGCGCCAAGACGGGCGCACGCUUCCCUUGUGGCGGGCUCAAGAGCUGUGCCUCCGACUGCAAGCGGGCGGCCAAGGCGCCCACGUGCAAGUGCGCCUCUGCAGGGAAGAAAGUGUGUGGGUAUGACGGCAAGGUUUACCCCAAUGCAGCCUGCCUCAAGUGCAACGUCAUCCCCAAGCGGUUCAGCUGUGCGCAGCGCAAGAACUGCGAGGCAGCUUGCAAGCGCGCGGCGGCGGCGUUGUAG